UGUCAAAUUUGUCAGUCACACGUAGAAAAUAGUGUUUCAUAAAAUAUUUAGUUUCUUCUAGAGGGAUAAUUUUUUCUUUAAAAGGUAUUAUGUUAUUACAAUGCUUUGAACUACAGGCGUAGAAGUUGGUGUGUAUUGUGAUGACGUUGAAGAAGUACUAUGUAACCUUAAAAGUGCGAAAGUCAAUAGAAACAAAGUUUGUCGUAUCAUUGUUUGAUUAUUUUUAUUAUCUCAAACGAAAAUAAAUUAUUGAUAUGUCACAUUUCGGAGAUUUUAUGGACGGUGUCCCUGUUAAAAUAUCAGAAAAAUACAAAAGGCCUCCGGUUAUUGAAUUACCUUAUAGCGUUAGAGAAUGUACAAUACGGGCUGAGAAUGCUGUGGAAAAUGUUAAAUAUUGUUCUACGUUUGAGAAAAAUGUACUUACGAAACUCAAAGAGCUUAGGAGUGCGAAAGAGACGAAGAAAAAUGAGAGACGCCACCGUUUACAAUUAUCAGAAGAAGCGAAACAAAAAAAAUUAGAUGCCAUUGCUGCUGCUGAAGCUGAGGAGAAAUUGAAGCAGUUGAGUGUCUCUGAGGUGUCUUAUCCGAGCACUGAUGAGCUCAGUGCAUUGUCCCCAGAUGAAAAGCCUGAGCAAUGUGAUGUCCCAAUACCGUGUCAUGAUUAUACAGAAGUUAGUGAAGUUAUUCAGAGUGAAACAUUAUAUGCUUCAUGUAAGACACAGGAAUCCCAUCCAGAUAUACUUCAACCUAUCCAAGUUCAUGCAAAUUAUCCCCACAACAAUCUUCUAGAUGAUCCAGAUCCACUGCAGGAGUUAAAAUUAAGUAAUAAAAUUGCUAAAAUGCCUCAGUACAGUAAAGUACCGCAGUAUAGUAAUAUAGAUACAUUGACUUAUAAAGAUUUUGAAAAUGAUACCUCUAGCCCUUUUGAUAAUGUGGAACUUAAGACAAUAAAUGAUAUGGAGCUGCUGGCACAGGUUUUGCAGAGUCAAAGAGAUUCAACUACCAGCUGUCAUCCACAAGCAUUUAUGCCAGAUCAAACCUACAUACCCAACUGUACAUCUCAACCUCAAGUUGAGGGGAUGACAUAUGUGCCUAAUACUUUUGUCGAGCAAUCCAUGCAGGAACCUAGUGUUAUGUAUUUACCACAACAUUAUCCAGUCUCUAAUGGAUAUUAUGUGUCACCUGAAAACACAUGUGAUAAUACUUUGCCCGUAGAUAAUAUGAACAUGUAUAUGCCAAACUACCAAUACUAUGUUCCUACCAAUCCUUAUCCCGUUGUUGAUCCCACAUACUACAACAAUCAGUUACCAACUACUUCUACAGGACCAAUAGAAAAUGGCUCGACGUAUAUCCCCCAGCCAUAUUACUUCCAUGUUCCUCAAGUCCCAUUUGCUGCCGAUAACACAGCUUAUAACACAAUUCAGAAUCAAAAUUUACAAAAUAUAGAGAAUCAGAAUCUACCUUCCAAUUCUCAGAGUACAAUGAAGUCAAGGUCUCGUAGUGUUCCUGAUAUUGUAAGAGAAUUGAAUGAAGAGUUAGCUUCUGCCAAACUUAGGAUGAAUGAAAGGUCAUAUAAUGCAAGUCCAGCUCCUAAAAAUGUUCCUCGGUCUUCUUUAAGUAGCAGCAAGAAAGAAGAAAAGAAACACAGAAGGAAAUCAGAGCACUUGCCCAACCCUUAUGAGAAAAUGCCCCCAUCUCUCCAGAAUAUGUGCCAGAAAAUUCAUGGUAUGGGUUUUCCAUUGGACAGAGUUGCCAGAGUAUGUGGUCUAUUAGGUGAUAAUGAUAAAAAGGUUAUUGAGGGACUUCUGAUAUUAGGAGAGCUUAUGGAUCUCGGCUUCACCGAAGGAAGAGUUUUAACUGCACUUGCUAAGCAUGAGUUCAAUAGAGACAAGGCUUUAGAUGAAUUGGUCUCAUAAUCCAGAAGAUUGUAAGAAGAUAUUUUAUUAUAAUUUAUGUAAGAUUACUUGAUAAUUUUAGAUUUACUACUCAAAUUGAAGUUGGCAUUUUCCAUGCUUACAUUCAUUAUGUUGAUUUAAAUCUUGAAGUGGAUAUGUAAGGAAUUCAAUGUCUUACAAUAUGUAAAAGAAAUGUGCAAAUAGAAAUUUGACGUUAAUGAGGAGGUAAGGACUGCCAGUAGUGCAAUAAGUAUGCUAAAAUUUAAACUGAAUGUUGAUACAAUACAGACCAGUAUUUGAUACCAUAUAAAUGAUUUAGUUCAUAUAUUCAGCACUGAACUUACAUUUUUUAUUUAUUUUUUAUAGCCAGGUAGGCAAAUGACUGGUACUGAUAUAUACAAAAAGACAUUGCAUCUUCUAUUAAAAACUACCAAUAUGUUUAAAUCUAAAGAUGUUGAUGACCAAUAUGUUGUCAAGUGGUCAGAUUUCUUUUGCAGGCACUUGACAUGGCUAAACGUGUUUGCUAUUUGUCAUUUUGACAGCAGGUUGUCCUCUCUGCCCAUACCUCAGGCCAAAUUAAAACAUGGCUGCGUGAAAGAACUCAGAAACUACACUUGACUGAGUGGAAAACAUGUGAAGGAUGCCGGCAAACGAAAAAUAAUUAUAGGAACCCUAACUGGUCAUUGUCCCCUAAACAAACACCGCCCUGAAAAACUAACUAAAUCAUAUUGGGAAUGAAUGACAAUACUGUUGUCAAGUAGCAAAUGCAAUCAAGAAUAGCAAUGUGAAGUGCCGGCAUAAUGUACCUGUGAAACCAUUAUUUGUGGAUUUCCUGUUCUGUAGUACCAACUAUGAAUGCUAAACCAAUUAUAAUAAUCAAAUUGAGAGUGUUAAAAGCUGAUUUGAGUAUGUCUCAACAAUUCUAAGUUCACUAAAACAAUUAAUAGGUUAAUUGAGGAAAAACAAUCUUGCAAUUACUUGUCUUAAAUAUGUAAAAACAGGUUUCUGUACCUAAUAAUUUUUGUAUACGAAAAGCCUGUGCAUUAGAGAUACAAUAAAAUACUGUGCAGAGAGUUAGUUGCUUGAUGCAUGAAAUGAACUGACAUCUGUUAUUGUGCAGGAGAUGUUAUUUUUUCAUUUGGAUUAGAAUUUCUUUUCCAUAUAGUUUCUUUAGAUAUAGAUAAUGAAUUAUUAUAUCGAAUAUGUGUAAAUUGGCGCAAUAGAUGCGUUGAAAAGUUUGAUAGGACCUUGCCAUUGAUGCUUGACAUUAAUUGUGUAUAUCUGGCUGUCACACGAAACAUCUGAAUAAUAAAUAGAUAUUUAUACAUAUGUAUAUAUAAAUUAAUAUUUAUAAAUAUAUGAUAUAAAAUAAUAUUAGUGAGUGAUUGGGUGAUAGAAAUAUAAUAGAGGUUUUUCAUAUUUGAUUGAAUAGUAGAUUCUAGCUUUUGUAUUGCCUUCGAAGCCAGAUGAGCAACCCGGCUACCCGAACAAGUGGUCAACAAUUCCUCAGAGCACUCACCAUGAAAGAGCCUAUAGAAUACGCAUAGGCGAACAAAGUCCUUGCGCAGUUCUAAAGGCAGUUUUCCGCUAGUUUGGGAUCAUCGACAAACCGAAUCGGGCGUCUUAUUAUAGAAUCGACGGAAUCGAACUGGUAUUUAGCUCUAGCCCAGAGAGCAGUACUCCAUGUAGGUCUGAAUUUGUGUUUUGUAAAGAAGAAGCCUUUGCCUAGACGUGAAGUACUACUGCUAGGACCAAUUAAGAACUCCAAACUUUUUAGAGCCCAUCUUGGCCUUGUCGUCUAAAUUGGUUCUAUUUUGGACGCACGAGAUGUCAACAUCUAGAAUCCCAACGUUACAUAAUUAUGCGGCAAGACUCUUUAGAAUUGUGUUGUUACAGAAAAUUAAUCUUGCUAAGGUUGAACGAGAUGCGGUUUUGUCUUCCCCAUUCGGAAAUUUGCUAAAAGAGAAUCUUCCACCUUGGACACAAGCUUAGUCCGCCAUUCCGCAACUACAGCUGUAGGGAUGGCCAGUACACCGCGCAUCACACGUGCUGUGACCUACAUAGCAAUACAUGCCGGGAACGAACAGCAUGCCAUUAAUAUGCAGGGUGAACAGCGCCGGGGAGAAUACAGAACCCUGUGAAAUUCCCACGUUUAUAGUCAUGGGUUCAGAGGAGCAGCCAUCGAUAACUGGUCCAGACGAGUCCAUGAAGCUGGGUUACCACUCGCAAAGCCCCUCGGGUAGCUUGUAAGAUGGUUACUUCGAUAAAAGUGGUCUAUACCAGACCCUGUCCAAUGCCUUGGCGAUAUCCAGGUUCACAGCAAGGGUUGCUUAUUUUACAUCCAUAUAACAUGUUAAAGAUUAUUUCUUUAUACCAAAAAAAAUUAGGAAAGCAAUACUUGAAACCUGUACUGUGAGAUAUAUAUUAAAGGAUACUCUAAUUUCAUAAUUUGUAAUAUUUAUAGAUGAAUCUUAAUUGUAAUAAAUUAUGAAAUGGGAUGGGAUGGUUUGCUAUAUUGUUUUGGGUUGUGUUAUAAAUAGUAUUUUUUUAAAUCUGAUUGCACUAUUUGUUUCUCCUAAUGGACAUGUAUAGUUAUGGGAUAUUCUUUGCAAAAGGUGCCUUUCGACAAAUCCAAUAAGGUCUAAUCUCAAACGUACAUUCUGAGAUGUACGUUUAAUAAUUACCCUUAUUCUUUUUUGUUGUUUGAAUGAGAUUAAAUAUUAUUAAUACCCCAUAUAAUAGAGUUUAUUCUGUUGAUCACCUAUUAAAGGAAAAUUAUAACUCAAACUUGUGUAAAUUACUAAGGAUUAUUUAGUUAAUUAUUUUGUUUUGAUGAGUUGGGCCUAAAUGUAUUAAUUGUAAAUAAUUGAAAACUGUUCGAUUGAGAAAGUGAUGAAAGUAAAAGAUUUUAAUGUAAGGCAUUUUUAAGAUGAUUCUUUCACAUUCUGGUUAUUUGCUUAGUGUUGCCUAUUAAAAAAAAUAUUUUUGUAUGUAAGGUAUUUUCAGUGUUGUCAAUAUACAUUAUAGCUAUUAUCCCGAUACAUAUUAAUAAAGUAAACAAAUUAUUUCAAGUUAUUACUAUUCAUUUUCUAUUAAAAGCAUUCCUUUCACGUUUAGUUCAGUUAAAAUAUCAUCACAAGUGUGCGGGCACUCCUACUGCAUAUUUUUACUAUACCUUGUAUGUUCAUAAGUUAAAAGACAUUAAUAUCGUAUUUAAACAGUAUAAAAAUAAAAUCUACUAUGUGAAAUAAAAGUUUAGUGCACUGUAGCUUGUUGGCUUUGAAAGGAAAGGCCGAUACUAAAUAUUUUUAUAUUUGUUUGCGUUAAUAUAUUAUUUUUGUUAUUUUUUUUUGUAGUUUCAUAAAUACUGAAUUUAUUUUUAUGCUACAUAGCAAAUCUUGCACUGAUUAUAAAGCGUAUUUAAUAUAAAUAGUAUAUUUCGAGUUUGGACCUAUGGAAAUUCUUAAAUUGUUAAUGAGAUAAAAUCAAGUGAAAGCUAGGCUAAGGAUUUUCCUAAGGUCAUUCCCGCUUUUGACCCCAGCUUUGUCCCCUCUGGUGACCAGUGGGAAUUUAUCGGAAAAAAAAUCAUUUCACUUAGGUAAAAUCUUAGUUGUCACUCCCAAUAAAAAUGUUUGCAUUUUUAAUUUACGAUAUACUUAAACUUUUUUAAACGAGAUUUUUAACUUUUCACUGGCACAGUAUGAUUGUUUUGUUUCUUCAAUCAUAAAAGAUACAAUGAGGUAACCAAGGACGUAUUUAUACGUCCUUGGAGGUAACCUUAUUUUAUUAGGAGACAGGAGUACAAUAUUUUAGUUUGCUGUACUAAAUUAAAUAUUUUUUAUUUCAAAUAAUCGUAAUGUGAAAGAAACAUCAAGAGACUAAAGUGAUUUAUUGUUUUAGAUUAUAUUUGCUGUGCUUACAAAAAUACAUGCAUUUAUAUUUUCAUUCAAGUUGAACUGUUGCGUACCAAUAAACAUUGUUUUUUUUUAUUAUAGUCAUUAUAUCACGUCCUUAAAAUAGGUCGUGCAAUCUGCAAGCUGACAUGGAUCUUAUUGAGUUUGACAAUAAUAGGGUAUUCGACAAGUUUUAGAAAACGAUCUCACGUUAUUGACUAAUGUUUAUGGAGUCCGUAAAAAGGAUAUUCAUCAUUCUGUCGUGUAUUUCAGUAAAAAUAACCAAACCGAAAACUCCAUUUUCAAGUUGCCGCGAAAACGUUUCUCUGAACAAUAUGGCGUCUUAUUAGUGUGUGACGUCACACGACUGUUAAAACAAAUGAAAACGUCAAACGAUACAAUGUAAUGUCACUUCAACCGUAAGUUUUCUUGCGUGUGACGUCAUUUUAGGCUCCGCCAAUCCGAAGCGUUUUGGGUCACGUGACAAUAGAUAAGAAAAUUAUGUUUUCGUGGGUUUUUAGUAACAUUAUGAAUAUUUUUUUUGUAAAAAUAGUAAAAUCCCCUGCCAAUAUUCAUUCUAAACACAGAUGUUAACAAUUGGGACUUUAUUUUUAAUACUGUCAAAUACCUAUUACCUAUGUAAAUGCAUUGAGAAAUAUUUGAAACUCAGUGCUGUAGAUUGCCCUGUACUAUAGCCACGUCACUGCUUGCUGUGUACGAACGAAAAAUGUUAUAUAAAAAUAAUUGCACACACCUUUGUGUAACAGAUAUAUGUUUUUUAUAAACAAUUAUUGUAAAUAUAUAACUCUAUAAUUUAUU